AUGCUUAACCAAGAAGAAGAAGGAGAAGAAGAAGACGAUAUAAGCUUUUAUGUUCAAACAAAUGAACCUAAUAUGCUCAAAUCGAUUUCGGGAUCAAAUUCUUAUGGGAAUCUUGCAGAUGAACGAAUUAAAAUUAAUCGAGAACCACCAAUAGAUGAAUAUCGUCGUGAAUCACAGAUUCGUCGACAAAGUAUUAUAAUUCGAGAACAUCAAUUGGCACAAUAUCCAAUCAAUUAUGAUCCAUCACCACAAAUUAUUCGAAAAAAACUUGAAGAUUAUCAUGAACCUAUUGUCUAUAAACAACAAAUUGCUGUUCGAUAUUUAUGUCCACCUACACCACCACCACCGGCUCCAUUAAUUAUUCGAGAAAUUCGACCACCUGAACCAUUAUCAUUACCACCUAUUAUUAUUCGUCAACAACCUCCACCACCAGUUACUCCACCACCAAUAAUUAUUCGAGAACGACCACCAACACCACCAUCUUAUAAUACACCUCAGAUAAUUUACAAACGAGUAUCACCUGUUAAACAAAUACAACGUCGUGUUAUUAUUGAACGUUUACCUCAAAUGCCUGCUAAACCUCCUGAUAUUAUUGUUGAACGUUGGCUUCCAUAUAAACAACAAAAACGAAAAGUCAUUUAUGAGAAAGCACUACCAACUAAUGACAAUUCAACAUCAUCUAAUGAUCAAUACGUACAGAAUAGAUUCAUCAAUCAAUAUAAAAAUCCAUUAGUACAAAUGGAAAAACAAAUGCGUUCAUUAAGUAUAACAUCACGUGAUCGAUUUGAACAAGAUAAAAAUUCAUAUCUAUCUUCUCAAACAAAAAAUACCGAAUCAAUCUAUGAUAAUACUUUACCAUUAAAAAUUGAAUAUUCAAAUCAACGAUCAAAUUAG